UUGCGGAAAAUAACUCGUAAACGUUUCAGAAAUCAGAACAGGGUACGCUUCAAAGUCAAACAUGUAAGGUUUAGGUCUCAAGUUCUUUCCAAAUCUGAUACCAACCAACCUGGCUUCCAUUGUCAUCGAUGUCAAGUUUACUAAAUUAAUCUGUACUGGCGUCACAGAUUGUCUUACCUAAAUCCGUGUCAACACUUUUAACCUCGCCGGAAACCCUAUCAAAUUGUAAACCCUUGCUACUCCGUGCUUGCUUCUGUGUGUGUGUGUGUGUGUGUGAUUGCCGAUUGGAGCAGGAAGAUGGCGGUUCCGCAGGUGAAAUUCCCACUAUUCUUAUGCGUGCGGGUUCUAGGUGUAAUUGUGGCUGCUUUGGUUCUGAUAUGGAAUAUCAGCUAUAGAGGAGGAUUGGCUCUCAUAUCAGACGACAAAAGUCUCAUCUUCAAUGUUCAUCCUGUUCUGAUGGUGAUUGGCCUUGUUCUGCUGAAUGGGGAAGCCAUGCUAGCAUACAAAACAGUAACAGGAACAAAAAGUUACAAAAAGCUAGUGCAUCUCUCCCUCCAGUUCAUGGCAUUUCUGUUUGGCAUAAUUGGUUUAUGGGCUGCUUGGAAGUUCCACAAUGACAAAGGCAUCGACAACUUUUACAGUCUGCAUUCAUGGUUGGGGUUGGCUUGCUUAUUCCUAUUCACCAUUCAGUGGGGAGCUGGAUUUGUGACAUUCUGGUAUCCGGGUGGUUCAAGAAACAGCAGGGCAUCUUUGAUGCCAUGGCAUGUGUUCUUUGGAGUGUAUAUUUAUGUGCUUGCUGUUGCUGCUUGUGCUACUGGCUUGUUAGAAAAAGCUACAUUUCUUCAAACCAACAACAUAAUUUCACACUAUUCUGCAGAAGCAAUGUUGGUGAAUAUUUUAGGGGUUUUGAUUGUUUUGUUGGGUGGUUUUGUUAUUCUUGGUGUUAUAUCACCACCAAAUGGCAAAGGUGAUAUUCUUAGAGGAUCCGUAGAGUAAAUAAAUAGGAGUUGUAUUUGAUCCGUUUUUGGUUUUUCAAACUUGUGACUUUUUGAGUUUUGAGUGAGUAAUCAAUUAAGAAAUAUUAUACGCA